AUGAGCUCGCAGACUCCUGAGCUUAUAAUAAUAGAAGACGAUGAAGACGAGGAAGCCAUUGAUCCGACACUUCCUCCAGCUGAUGUGUGCCUUGACAGAUGUCGCGAGUUCGCCCGCAUCACUGCAACCGAUCAGGCUCUCGCUAUGCUUUACCUACAAAAUCAUAAUUGGAAUCUUGAGGUGAAUUUUUUUCUCCAGUCUGAAAUAAUUGUUCAUUGUAUCACGGCAAACUAA